AUGGAUACAACUAAUAUAUAUCAUUCAUCGGAUAAAAUUCCAAUAGCAAUACCAUAUCAAUCAACAACAUCUAUAGCACAUUUAUCAACAACAGAAGAAAAUGAAUUUCUUGCUCGAAAUCAGUUUCGUUUAGCAUUAGUAUUUAGUGGUCUAUGGCUUUCAUAUUGUUGGUGGCUUUCGGAACGAUAUCGUUUUGAUUUUGGUCGAUAUACAACUAUCAUCCGUCUUCUAUUUUGUAUUGUACAUGUUUUAACUGUAUGGAAAUUUUUUCAAUAUAUUAUUAAAGUUGCUUUUCGUUUACAUCGUUUAACUAGACGAAUACGAGCAGCUUUACCACGACAUUUAACAAUGAUUAUAUUAUCACUCGUCUUAUUUGCAUUAUUAACAUUUGUUCUUAAUUUUAAACAAUUUUUAAGAGAUGCUUUUGCGAUAGUAGAUUAA